AACGCAUACCUUUUUUUUUAUCUCACCGUCUUUUAUUUCGUCUUCCUCAUCUUUCUCGUCUCUGAACCUCUUCUCUAAGAACGAAGAAGAAAAUUGACAAGUGCAAAAAUGGCGACGGAUUGCAAUAGAGUCAACGAUUUCUUGUUUUCUCAGCAGCAAGAGUCUACUUCUGGUGCAAAUAAAUACGGAGGACUUGUGCCAAAGAAAAAGCCUCUCAUCUCUAAGGAUUCCAAACGUGCUUUCUUUGAUUCAGCAGAUUGGGCUUUACUCAAGCAAGAAGCAAGUAUAGAUCAGAGAACAAUAGCGGCAAUAGAAAAACUAAGACCCAAAUUGCAGAGAACGCCUCGCAAGCAACUUUCUCCUAGGAGACCCACAUGUGCGACGGGAAAUGAGAAUCUGACAGAGUCGAGCUUUUAGGGUACAAUGAAAAGGGUUUGACGUGGAAAUGGAACGUGAUUGGUUUGGUAGCCUACUCACGUGUUUCAUGUUUCCAUUAAAAAACUUGUAUGCAGUUAUUGACAGUUGUUCGGUUAUUUUCACUAUUGGUUCCUAAAAUGCUUGUCGUUUCAAUAAGUUGCGCAGACAAUUGUUGGUGUGUUCUUUCUUUUUCUUCUUCUCCAUUCAUAAACCUUGUGGUGUUUAGUUUUUCCUUCAACGAGAAAAAGAAGAUUAAAAAUCUGGUAAAACUACUUAACAUAGGCAAAUUGGAGUCAACGAUCAUGAAAUAGUUUAUAAUUAGAUGAGAGGCUAAACAAUUGAUGUGUAGCAUGUACAUUAGUUUCAUAUGUUCAAUAAUCACUAGUGAUUAUGCGUUCUUAUUUUUACGUUUUGUGGCUGAGUCUAUGCUUAGUUAGUAGCUGAAAUAAUAAAAACAGAUUGUUUCACUUUCACCGUGGUGGAGGGUAAAUACAGCUUGAAUAGAAUUAUAGAAAUAUUGUCAUUUUCUAGCUAAAUAUGUGCAACUUCAUUACAAGUUCGAUUAAUAUAGGUGAAGCGAGUAAAUCAAGA